GUCCCGGAUAUUCUGUUUGUAUAUAACCUACCCUUCCCGGCCCCUUGGCCUUUAUAUAAAGCUUCAGCGACCCAAGCUGAUCAAUCCCGCAAAGCUCUUUUUCGUUAUUCUUGUUUUCUCUCAGAAAAAGAAAACCCCGCAAAGUUGUUGUAAAGCUAGCUAGCUAGAGAAAAGAUUGAGUUAGAGACAAUAUGGAACUCAAAUGGUCAAUCUUGAUCAAGCUUUUGAUAGUACAAUAUCUCUCAGUUGUUUGUGUUUCACAGGAGUUUGAUUUCUUUUACUUCGUUCAACAGUGGCCAGGAGCAUACUGCGACACAAAGCAAAGUUGUUGCUAUCCUAAGACAGGAAAGCCUACGGCAGAUUUCGGCAUCCAUGGACUUUGGCCUAACUACAAGGAUGGCUCAUAUCCGUCCAACUGCGAUCCAGACAGCGUCUUUGAUAAAUCUCAGCUCUCAGAAAUCAUGAGCAGUUUGCAAAAGAAUUGGCCAUCACUUAGCUGCCCGAGUAGCAAUGGCUUUAGGUUCUGGUCACAUGAAUGGGAAAAACAUGGGACCUGUUCAGAGUCUGAACUCGACCAGAUAGAGUACUUUGAAGCAGCUCUCAAACUGAAGGAGAAAGUAAACCUCCUAGAAAUCCUGAAGAAUGCUGAAAUUGAACCAGAUGAUGGAUUUUACAGCUUAGACAGCAUUGAAGAAGCCAUUACAAAGGCCGUUGGACACGCCCCUGGUAUUGAGUGCAACAAGGAUUCAGCAGGCCAUAGCCAACUUUACCAAGUUUACCUGUGUGUGGACACUUCAGGGUCUGAAAUCAUUGAGUGUCCGGUGCUUCCAAAACGCAGAUGUGCUUCUGAUGUCCAGUUUGCCAAGUUCUAGAGAUUGUACUUGCUGAGGAGUAGUACUAAAGGAUAUUACGCGCGUACUGUCUUCUACGUCGUUAACUUGGUUUCAUUUCUGUUUUUCUUUUCAAAUAAAUGAUGACCACUUUACUUUCAGUCGCAAAAACUUAAUUUUCAUGGUACUUUCCAUGUAUAUUUUCACUCAAUGAUUAAGAUCCGAAUGUUCGUAUACGAAAUAUGUAACAAAGUGAUCGAUGGUUAGGCUGGAUAUUAAUUUGGAAGCCUUAUUUCUCAUUGAUCGUGAGAAUAGAAAUCAAAACAACGUACAUUUUUGUUUU